UUACACAAUGCAGCUAGCUUUCAGCUUUUAGAGAGGAAUCCCCUGCUGCUGUAGAAACUGCUGUAGAAGCUGCGGAAAAUAGCAGUCGGCUGGUCUCGUCAUCAUGCCACCUAUUGGGGUGCAACUGCUUAUUCAAGAUCGUCAUGUAAUGAUGGAUAAUGGGUUUGUCCAAGUGACAUUGUCAAAUCCAGAGGGAAUAGUCACUGGAAUACGAUACAAUGGCAUCGAUAACUUGCUCGAGAUUCGUAAUGAAGAAACUAAUAGAGGCUACUGGGACCUAGUUUGGAGUGAAGCGACCACCGGAACAACAGGAAUAUUUGAUGUGAUCAAAGGAACAAAGUUUGAGGUUAUAGUGGAAAAUGAUGAUCAGGUGGAGCUCUCCUUCACACGAACCUGGGAUCCCUCCCAGGAGGGCAAGCUCGUUCCCUUAAAUAUUGAUAAAAGGUUCAUAAUGGUUCGAGGUUCUUCAGGCUUCUACUCAUACGCUAUCUACGAGCACUUACAGGAAUGGCCUGCUUUUGAGCUCGGAGAAACUAGAAUUGCGUUCAAACUCAGAAAAGACAAGUUUCACUACAUGGCCAUGGCAGAUAACAGGCAAAGAUACAUGCCGUUGCCUGAUGACCGUUUACCACCCAGAGGCCAACCCCUGGCGUAUCCCGAGGCAGUUCUACUCGUCAAUCCUAUCGAGCCUGAUCUUAAAGGAGAAGUGGAUGACAAGUACCAAUACUCAUGUGACAACAAGGAUAGCCGGGUACAUGGGUGGAUAUGCACUGAUCCGCCGGUGGGAUUUUGGCAAAUUACACCCAGCAACGAGUUCCGAUCUGGUGGACCUGUUAAGCAAAACCUUACCUCUCAUGUUGGCCCUACCACCCUUGCGGUGUUUCUAAGCGCUCAUUAUUCCGGAGACGAUCUGGUGCCAAAAUUUGCAGCUGGUGAAUAUUGGAAGAAAGUUUUCGGCCCUGUUUUUAUGUAUGUCAAUUCGGAAUAUUUAGGAAAUGACCCGUUGAUUUCACUAUGGGAGGAUGCUAAAAUACAAAUGAUGAUUGAAGUCCAAAGCUGGCCAUACAGCUUCCCAGCAUCUGAAAAUUUUCCCAAGUCGGACCAACGUGGUGACGUUAGUGGUAGACUACUUAUCCGAGACGGAUAUAUUAGCGAUGAUUAUAUAUCAGCCAAUGGUGCAUAUGUCGGGUUAGCGCCGCCAGGAGACGUUGGGUCAUGGCAAAGAGAGUGCAAGGACUAUCAAUUUUGGACAACAACAGACGCGGAUGGCUACUUUUCUAUCAAUGACAUACGGACUGAUGAUUAUAACCUUAAUGCAUGGGUCCCUGGUUUUAUUGGAGAUUAUCAAUAUGAUGAUGUUAUCACUAUAACCUCAGGUUGUGAGGUUGAUAUGGGUGAGCUUGUGUAUGAGCCUCCUAGAGAUGGCCCAACCUUAUGGGAAAUAGGCAUCCCAGAUCGAUCUGCUGCAGAGUUUUAUGUUCCUGAUCCUAAUCCCAACUACAUUAACAAUCUCUUUGUCAACCAUCCGGACAGGUUUAGGCAGUAUGGACUGUGGGAUAGAUACACAGAGUUAUAUCCUGAUGCAGACUUGGUUUACACGGUUGGUGUUAGUGACUAUAGCAAAGACUGGUUCUUUGCUCAGGUUACCAGGAAGAAAGAUGACAAUAAGUAUCAAGCAACAACUUGGCAAAUCAAAUUCAAGCUUGAUGAUGUAGACAAGAACGGUACCUAUAAGCUGAGAGUAGCACUUGCAUCUGCAACUCUUUCUGAAUUACAGGUUAGAGUAAACAAUCCAAAGGAAAAUCCUCCUCUAUUCACAAGUGGUUUGAUAGGGAGGGACAAUUCCAUCGCAAGACAUGGAAUCCAUGGCCUCUAUUGGCUUUACAAUGUCAAAAUACCGAGCUCUCGGCUUGUUGAGGGGGACAAUACUAUCUUUCUAACUCAACCAAGAAGCACUGGCCCUUUUCAAGGGAUCAUGUAUGAUUAUAUUCGCUUAGAAGGUCCCCCAUCUGUAAGUUCCAAAUAAGGAACUUGAUGGUACACAUUGCAUUAGAUUGAUCCCUGAUACAAAUGCUCGAAAUCAAUUGUAAUAUAUAUAUAUAAGCAAAAAGAAACUAUAUGAAACCUACACUCAAUAAACAAAGUUGCAAUGUAACAACAUAUAGGAGUUUGCCUUAUUUCUAAUGUCACAAAUAGCAUACAUUUCAAUGUUGCUCCUGUAGUAGAAAAGUUUUUACCAACACCCAUGGGAUGUUCGUUUUCAAUCUCAGUACAAACUUAAAAUUCUGUCCAAAGUUAGAGAUCACUGGUUGAUCGAGUCUAAUUGAUGGACCUAGCUUGGACAGAAUCCUGAAGUACUUGGACUGAGAUGGUAGCGUUCAUCUUUACAACUUUGUUAUUAGAAACCUUUUUGUUGCAACAAGAGUACAUAAAAAUGACAAUUAACCCCAAAGUACGGCAAGAAACACUAAUGCCCAUAGAGUCGAGCGGGAAGGCGUGGAGUGAGCAAGACUUCAACCUUGCCAGAUUUAUGGUUGGUCAGUCCCCCUGCCUCACUCAUGUCAACCGGCUCUUCCCCUAGGGUCGAAAGUUCAAAACCGUGAAGCAAAGAAGCGAGUAGAAGAGGCAUACUCUUUAGGGCAAGAUACAUUCCAGGACAAAUUCUUCUACCACUGCUGAAGGGUAUCAACUCAAAAUCCUGACCUCUAACAUCAACGCUCUUGUGAGUUGUGAGAAACCUCUCAGGUCGAAACUCAUUCGGGUCAGGCCACACCUUCGGAUCACGUUGAAUCUUGGAAAUAUUUAUCACGAGGCGAGUUUUUGCUGGGAUAUGGUAGCCACCGACGACGCAGUCUUCCGUGGACUCGUGAUCAGGCCGUGGGAUUGGUCC